AUGGCGAUCGCACUGGCCAUGCCACUCGUGCUGCUGCUACUACUGCCAGUGACUCAAGCCUCGGCUCAGGAGCAGCAGCAGCAGCAGCCGCCGUGGCAGGUUGUGCGGCCAGGCUGCCGCGACAAGUGCGGCAACAUCACCAUCCCUUACCCCUUUGGCAUCGGCGCCGGUUGCUUCCGCGACGACGGCCAAGGUGGCUUCCAGCUCGAGUGCAAUGACUCCCGCUCAACACCGCGGCUCACCGUGACAGGCUAUGGCAUCCGGAUCACCGGCCUGUCCGUCGCCACCAGUGAGGCCCGGGCCCACCUGAGGGCAACACGUCGAUGCUACGACAGCAAGGGGCGUCUCGUCAGCCAGAGCGGCGCCACGUUCGUGCCACUUGUUGGCAGCCACUACCUCUUCUCCCAGGCCAGGAACCGGCUCGUCACGCUCGGCUGCUCCAGCCUCGGCUACUUCAUCGACGUUCUUGGCUACUAUGUCAGUGGCUGCAUGGCCGUGUGCCGGCCACAGCAGUUCACCUCGCCGGGGUCCUGCACAGGCGUGGCAUGCUGCCAGAGCGCGAUACCCCCUGCUGUCGACUACUACGAGCCGUUCUUGCUUGACUUCACCAAGGAGCACCGAGACAGAGACAUAGCCUUCUAUAGCAACAAAACGACCUGCCGGUAUGUGUUCCUGGUGGAGACCAAGUGGUUAAGUACAAGAUACACCAGUGACAGCGAGUACCUCAACUGGACCAAAGACUUCGCCGUACCCGUCAUCCUCGACUGGGCGGUCCGGAACGUCGGCAACUGCAGCGCCGCCAGGCGCAACACAACUGACUAUGCGUGCCAGAGCACGCUCAGCGAUUGUAUCGACUCCGAAGAUGGCGCUGGGUACCGGUGCAACUGCUCCAAGGGGUACGAGGGCAACCCCUAUCUACAAGACGGAUGCAGAGACAUCGAUGAGUGUAAACACAAACAAGAGCAAUCAUGCUACGGCAUCUGCACAAAUACUUUGGGAAGCCACACUUGCCAAUGUCCUCCGGGGACUAGUGGAGAUGCUAUGACGGAGAACGGUUGCCGGCCAAAGGACAAUUUCACAUUGGCCCUAAAAGUAGUAACAGGAGUGAGCAUUGGAGUGUUCUUGCCAUUUUUCAUGUCCUUCUGGCUCUACUUAGGGCUCCAGAAAAGGAGACUUAUCAGAACAAAGCAGAAGUUCUUCGAGCUAAAUGGAGGCUUAUUCCUGCAGCAGCAGAUACGCAACUACAGUGACACCAGCAAAGGGGGUGGGGGGUUCAAGAUCUUCACCAAGGAAGAGCUCGAGAAAGCGACCAGCAACUUCGCAGCCGGCCGUGUUCUUGGCCACGGAGGGCACGGUAUUGUCUACAAGGGUGUCCUUGAGGACAAGACAGUGGUGGCGGUCAAGAAGUCAAAGAUGACGGAAGAGGUCCCUACCAAGGAAUUCGCGAGGGAGAUGCUCAUCCUCUCCCAGAUCAACCACAAGAAUGUCGUCAAGCUGCUUGGAUGCUGCCUCGAAGUACAAGUGCCAAUGCUGGUCUACGAGUUCGUCUCAAAUGGUACACUCUACCACUACAUCCAUGGUAGUAGGGGCCUUGACUCUGAUACAGGCUUCGACACCUGCCUUCGGAUAGCAGCAGAGGCAGCCGAGGCACUGGCAUACAUGCACUCUUCAGCCUCGCCACCGAUUCUCCAUGGAGACGUCAAGACGGCAAACAUUCUGUUGGAUGACAAGCUCACAGCAAAAGUCUCAGAUUUCGGAGCAUCGAAACUGGCACCCACUGAUGAGGCCCAGAUGGCAACAUUGGUGCAGGGAACUUGCGGUUACCUUGACCCAGAAUACCUAAUGACAUGCCGGCUGACUGAUAAGAGUGAUGUGUACAGCUUUGGUGUUGUCCUAUUGGAGCUUCUGACAAGGAAAAAGGCACUGUACUUCGACGGGCCAGAGGAAGAUAGAAGCCUUGUUUUAUGCUUCAUGAUGGCAGUGAAGGUAGGCCAGCACCAAGACCUUCUGGACAGCCAAGUGAGGGACGAGAUGAGAAUCGAAGCGCUUGAAGAGAUCACACACCUCGUUAUGAGAUGCUUGAACAUGAGUGGAGAGGAGCGGCCAACGAUGAAGGAGGUUGCAGAGAGGUUGGAGAUGCUGAGGAGAUACCACAACCACCCGUGGGCUCAAGCAGAUGCCAAUCCAGAGGAGGAACAAAGUUUGCUUGCUAUGGAACCACAUAAUGUGAAUUACAAGUUCACACAAGAUUAUGUCCUUGAUUUUGAAGCAAGCAGUACAUACAGCUAUAGCUUGUAG